CUUCUCUCUUGAUUAGACGCCAAGCUGCCAUAUUUUCCGCCGGAGUUUCAAGGAUGAGUUAAAGAAGGCAACACGGGUUUUGUUCAAAGGAAGGAUCUUUGACACAUGUACUAAAAGCAAAGACUAGUAAGCUCCUUGAGGUGACUCCACCUGGGUUUUAGUUAAUCUGAAGUUUUGCGUUCAAAUGGCUGAUCUUCAAGAGAGGAUGUCACUCUCCUCGUCUUCAUCCUCCUCCUCCUCAUCAUCACCGUCUUCUCUGUCACUAUCAACAUUGCCAAUAGAUGGAGAGUUGUGGAUGGUUGCCGAGGAAAGGGCUCAGGAGAUACUUAACGCCAUCCAACCUGUCUUUGUCUCAGACAGAAGCAGGAGCGAGAUCAUACAUUAUGUCCAGACCCUUAUUAAGGAUCGUCUUGGAAUUGAGGUCUUCUUGUUUGGCUCGGUGCCACUAAAAACCUACCUCCCAGAUGGAGAUAUUGAUCUGACAGUCCUAACUCCUCAAGAUAAAGAAGAGGACUUGGCUGACACGUUGUGCAAUAUGCUUAAAGCUGAAGAUGGAAAAUCUGGUUUCUAUGUAACUGAUGUUCAAUAUAUUGCAGCACAGGUUAAGGUCAUAAAAUGCAGUAUCAGGAACAUUGCUGUAGACAUCUCCUUCAAUCAAAUGGCAGGACUCUGCGCUUUAUGUUUUCUAGAGCAGGUUGACCAGGUGUUUGGGAGAGACCAUCUGUUCAAGCGUAGCAUCAUUUUGAUCAAGGCUUGGUGCUACUAUGAGAGCCGUAUUCUCGGUGCCAACACUGGAUUGAUUUCAACCUAUGCAUUGGCAGUACUAGUCUUGCAUAUCAUCAACAUAUCUUAUUCAUCACUAUUUGGCCCUUUAGCGGUUCUGUUUAAGUUCUUGGAUUACUAUGCAUCAUUUGAUUGGGAUAACUACUGUCUCACUGUCAAUGGACCAGUCCUGAUAUCUUCUCUGCCAGAUAUGACUGGUAAUGAUGCUGAUGUUUUCCUGAACGAGAAGUUCUUUAGAGAAUGCAUAGAGUUAUAUUCGGUUCCAACUAAAGCUGUGGAAGCAAAUGGCCAUUUUUUUCCUGUAAAACAUUUCAACAUUGUGGAUCCUUUGAAGCACAGUAACAACCUUGGCCGUAGUGUGACAAAAGGCAAUUUGCAACGUAUAAGACAUGCUUUUACUCUGGGAGCUAGAAAGCUCAAAGAUGUGCUUUCAGUACCUGGAGAAACCAUGGGCUGGAAACUGGAGAAGUUCUUCAGUAGUUCAUUAGAGAGGAACGGUAAAGGACAAAGACAAGACGUGGAGGAACCUGUCGUGGCCUUUGGCACAGGAAGAUCAGAACCAUCUGAACUCAGGGGAGACGUUGAAGGAUACUUCAAAAGUCUUGUAUACGGGAAAUGGUUUCACGGAGAGACUCAGCAUAAGUGGAUCCCUCAGGGGCAAGACACAAGUUCUUGGGACAUUGUUCGUUGGUUUGUCACGGGACAAAAGAAUGUUUUCUAUAGGAGGAAUCUGAAUGGAUCAUCAAACUCGUUUCAGAACAUGAGGAGAUCAAGAGGAACAGGCACUUACAUUCCUGAAAUGAGUCAGCAAUCUUAUACAGACAGGUUCAGUAACAAGCCGAGCAGGGUGAACCCAUUGCCUUCAGCAUCUCAGUCUCAACUUGUCAAACAGAAUAUUUGAAUCGGUUUCUUAGGUUUUGUCUCUCAUGUUUACCAACAGAAAACAAUGACAGUUUUUUUUUUUUGUUUUGUUAUGGUGAUAAAUGUGAAGUUCCAGAGGUUGAAUCUUUUUAGGAUUGUAAUUGACUUUAUAUGUUUGGCCUAUUCCUUUAGAGAUCUCUUGACAGUAAAGAUUUGAUGUUAUACUUUAGUAACUACAGUG